CAGACACCGACAUCCUGGUUUUGAUGGUGCAUAUCUAUUCAUGGAGAGAUAUUGAUCGACCAUGGCAAAUGAAAAUCGACCAUCAAAAUUUCGUCAACGUUGCCGCAAUUGCUGAUCACAUCGGUUCGGAAGCAUGCAAUAUCUUACCAGCUUUUCACAGUAUAACUGGAUGUGACACGACAUCAUUUCAAUUUAGAGUUGGUAAAGUUGCCCCAUGGAAAAAGCUGAUGAAAAUGCGUUUAUAUGACCUUCUUUUGACAUUUGGCUGCAGAUUUCUGACGGAUGAUAGCCUGCUAGCAGCCAAAGAAUUCUUUCGAAGUAUCAUGUGUAAUGGAGAAAUAAAAGAAAGCCACCUAGAUACAAGAGUAAGAAUGUACCAAAAGCAAAAAUUGUAGUCUAGUGAGGGAAUAAUUCCGGAUGAAAACAGUGCCAUGCAACACCUUUAAGCGAAGUUGGCUGCAAUGCUAUGUUUGGUGUCAUUAUACUGAGAGUCAAAUUGAUUUCCCUACCAUUGACGAAACUUUUGGUUGGAGUCAGAAUGUCGGUUUCAUUAAGCCAUUGUGGUAUUCGUGCAGCCAGUUUCCACCAGAUAUGACAGACAUUAACGAAGAGGCAGGAGUUUAUGACCCAGGAGUGCACUUAGAUGGAGAGAUUUGUUUGCGCGAUGAACAGGAACCCCCAGAAAAACGAAUCAGAACAAAAGAGGCAGAAGAACGGAAUGUGGAAGUCGAGAGUCUGUUUACGACUUUGACUUCAGAAGUUGAAUUUGAUGAAACAGGAGAAAAAGAUGAAGAACAAGAGGAAGAAGGAGAGGAAGAAGAUAAUUAUGAAGAUGACUGGGAUUCAGACAGCAGUUUUGGGGACCUUCACUAACAAUACUGCUUUGCACAGAAAAACAUUUGUUUUGUUGGCAGAGGGACCAUAUCAUUAGUUAGAAUAGUUCUUGUGGCAGAAUGCACCAUUUUUCAAAUCUACCAUUAUGUGUUUCAUCUGGUAUCGACUAUAGCGACUUAAAGCACAUCAGAACAUUUUCGUAUUCAAAUGCUUGGUAAAAAAGGAUAUGUGCAAGCAAAAUUCUGAAUACCCGCCAUAUUGAAUUUAUGCCGCCAUUAUGAAGGGAAAUGGUAAAAGAUAAUUACUACGGAAUAUUUACAAAAAGAUAUAGUUAUCUGCUUGAAGAUAUCAAAAACUUGCGUUUGAUGUAAGAAUAUGCCUAUUUGUAGAGGCCAUCUGCCAGCAGUGGAAUGACGGGCUGAGAUGAUGAUGAUGAUGAUGAUGAUGAUGAUGAUGAUGAUGAUGAUGAUGAUGAUGAUGAUGAUGAUGAUGAUGAUGAUGAUGAUGAUGAUGAUGAUGAUGAUGAUGAUGAUGAUGAUGAUGAUGAUGAUGAUGAUGAUGAUGAUGAUGAUGAUGAUGAUGAUGAUGAUGAUGAUUUCCCAAAAUUCACGUUCCUUGGUUCCUUUUUCACCCUUGGGAUUCCUUGGUUCCUAUAAGUUUCAGGCAAAAACUCUGUCAGUUUGUUGGGGGAGAGUAAGAGUACGAUGGCAGUGAGAGCAAGAGGAGCGAAAGCGAAGUGUUGGACAUUUGUCUACAAGUGUUUUCCAGAUGAUGUUAUGGAGCGCUUGGAACAGCGAAGCGAAGACUUCGAGUAUCUUAUAGCGUCGAAGGUGAACAACGAAGGAGAAGCACAAUCCCUCCGUGGAUAUAUCAUUUUCAAAUGUCAAAAAAGAGUGAACAGCGUUGAAACAAUACUCAAUAUUGAGGGGAGACCAGAGCGACUGGAAAUAGAAAUAGCUAGAGGCUCGUCGAGGAAGCACAAGGCUCAGUGCAAGUGUGGGCAAGGAUUCUUUGAAAUUGGAGAGAACAAAUUCAAAGAAAGAGAGAAAAGUCAAUUGGAAAUGAUGAGAGAAAGACGUAUGCAAGAAGCCACCGAAGAUGCCAUGCUGGAAGAAUUUGGGGACACCUGGAUACAUAGUCAGUCCUCAGUAGACAAAAGCAUCAAGCGGCAGCAAAAUGAGGAAUCUAAGGAAAGGAUUUUGGACAAGUUUCAAAAUGCACUUCUACGACCAUGGCAAGAAGAGGUUUUGCGUCUGCUUCGCUGCCAGGGGCCACGUAGAAUAACGUUCGUUGUUGACGAAACAGGAAAUACCGGCAAAACCUUUCUUGCAAAGUACAUUCUGGCAACAAAAAGUUCUUUGUAUUUCACCUCUACAACAUUGAAAGACACUGCUUAUGCCUGGAACGGAGAGCGAUACAUCGUGUUUGAUGUCAGCAGGGAAAAAUCGGCAAAGAUAAACUAUUCAACAUUAGAGACUAUUAAAAAUGGCAUUGUCUUUAGUAGCAAAUAUAAGUCGUCAACUAAAAUUUUCCCUAUUCCAAUUAUUGUAUGUAUGAUGAACACUAGACCCUACGCUAAAAUGAUGUCCAAUGAUAGGUAUCACAUUGUCGUCUUAGAUAAGUCCCCUGACCCCCUUGAACACCACAUUUCCUUUAAAAUUGAAGACUUUAGGUAUGCCCAGGAGCGUGUAUCUGAAUAAAAAACUUUGAAGUAAAAUUGUGAAUUUUUGUCGUUCUCUCCUUUAAAAGAAUCAUAAACGCCAGUGGAAUGCUUACACGCCAGUAGCUUCAAUUCUUAAAGCAAAUAUUACAAUGCAGAGACUAGCCCGAGGAAGAUUUGUAACCAGAUAAUAUAUUCAACCUUUUAAAUUGCUUCAGUGGAUAGGUUUCAGACAAAGGUUCGUCUUCCAGCCUUGAAAUGAAACGGUCUUAUAACCUCAUUGUCAUUUCAUUGAUAGAUACAAAACCUUUCUUUUGGCUGGGCUUGCAUUCAUAAGUUUGCAAGGAUAUCCAAGGCUUUUGGCCUCGUUCCCAUGUUGAUGGGCCGGUGUUCUCGAUAUCGUUGUAACAACUGUUAAUAUAGAAUGUAGAUAUAUCAUUGGGCUGGGCUUCUAUCCAUAAGUUUGCAAGGAAAUCCAAGGCUUCUGACCUCGUUCCCAUGUUGAUGGGCUGGUGGUCUCGAUAUCGUUGUAACAACUGUUAAUAUAGAAUGUAGAUAUAUCAUUGGGCUGGGCUUCUAUCCAUAAGUUUGCAAGGAAAUCCAAGGCUUCUGACCUCGUUCCCAUGUUGAUGGGCUGGUGGUCUCGAUAUCGUUGUAACAACUGUUAAUAUAGAAUGUACAUAUAUCAUUGGGCUGGGCUUCCAUCCAUAAGUUUGCAAGGAAAUCCAAGGCUUCAGACCUCGUUCUCAUGUUGAUGGGCCGGUGUUCUCGAUAUCGUUGUAACAACUGUUAAUAUAGAAUGUAGAUAUAUCAUUGGGCUGGGCUUCUAUCCAUAAGUUUGCAAGGAAAUCCAAGGCUUCUGACCUCGUUCCCAUCUUGAUGGGCUGGUGGUCUCGAUGUCAUUAUCAAAGGCCACUGCCUUGUCAAACUUUAUAAGGAAAAGCCCAGCCCAACAUUUUAUAAUGUAUAGUAUAGCACACCCAUCCGAGAUUAGAAGCCAACAUCAUUGCGAGGACGGAAGACCACUCAUUGCCUUGUUAAACUUUAUAGGAAAAAGCCCAGCCCAACAUUAUAUAAUGUAUAGUAUGGCACACCCAUUCGAGAUUAGAAGCCAACAUCAUUGCGAGGACGGAAGACCACUCACUGCCUUGUUAAACUUUAUAGGAAAAAGCCCAGCCCAACAUUUUAUAAUGUAUAGUAUAGCACAUCCAUCCGAGAUUAGAAGCCAACAUCAUUGCGAGGACGGAAGACCACUCAUUGCCUUGUUAAACUUUAUAGGAAAAAGCCCAGCCCAACAUUUUAUAAUGUAUAGUAUGGCACACCCAUUCGAGAUUAGAAGCCAACAUCAUUGCGAGGACGGAAGACCACUCACUGCCUUGUUAAACUUUAUAGGAAAAAGCCCAGCCCAACAUUUUAUAAUGUAUAGUAUGGCACACCCAUCCGAGAUUAGAAGCCAACAUCAUUACGAGGACGGAAGACCACUCAUUGCCUUGUUAAACUUUAUAGGGAAAAGCCCAGCCCAACAUUUUAUAAUGUAUAGUAUGGCACACCCAUCCGAGAUUACAAGCAAAGAUCACUACGAGAUUAUAAGGCCAGAACGUCUACAAAACUGUAGGAAUAAGAGCUAGUCAAAAAUCAACUUAUAUCAUUGUUAGGCGUCUGGCACAUGCGUAUAUACGAAUCGAACAGAAAAACAACUUUGUAAAAGAAAUAUUCAAACAUUCUUCCCAUCAUGUAUUAUGAUUCCUAAACGAUUUCUACGACUUAACUUUUCCACACAGCUUUUCAUACAUACAACGAAAUUGAUUACUUCUAACGUGUCUUAACAAAGAGUUACGUGCUCUUCCCUCUGCGAAGCACACGCUCGGGUCCGAAAGUAUUUUGCCCCAUUUGCCAUAACCAUGUUUGUUUAUUCCCUUUAUCAAAUUCAAGUCCUCCUUCUCAGUGAAUGGUGUUAUACGCUUUCGAAUUGACGUCAUCUGGCAGUCGCUGUCUGUCUUUGCUACAGGUUUGGUAUUGCUCUGUGUAAUGAAAAUGUCCGAGUCCGACUCAGAGUCUUCUGCACCCGUCGAAACAUUGACGAGUUUUUUCAAAGAGCUGUCUAGU